AUGGAACCAGAGCCGUCCCCUUCCGCUCUCCUCGAGGCUAUCACAGCCCUCACAGCCACCGUUGGGUCCCUACAGGACCAAAUCCGAGCCCAAAGCCAACAAAUUGUUGAGCUCAGGGCCAUAUGCAAGGAGACCGCAGACCUCCUCGGGGAUAAAGACCAAGGAGCAGCCCAAGCCAAGCCUGGCCCAUCGACUGGGCCUGUCACUCCUCCCACCCACUCGGGAGGAGAAGCCCACACUCCAGGCACGGUUAGGCCUGGACUCAAGGCCCCAUUCUGGCCUUCCAGAGGAACCGGGUUUGACUCAGAGGAAGAGGAAGAACCAAGGCGGCCCAAAAAGGAGCCUCAGGGAACGCCUGCAAGACACCUGGGAUCCCUUACCCCCUUUGACGCAGGGUCCAGCGUAAAGCAACCCAAGAUGGAUCUCCCAGACCCCUACAAAGGAGACACCAGGGGGCAUAAGGCCACUCAGUGGCUUGAUAGAAUGAUGCUAUGGGUAGCCCUCCAUCGAGAUCAGUUUGACAAAGAGGAGCAAAUGGUUGUGUGGAUCUUAUACCACAUGACAGACAAGGCCGCCGAUUGGGCGUUACCCCUCAUCGGGGCCAUCAUCAAAGGCAAGGGUAACCCCCCUACCACCAUCCAGGCCUUAACGGCCAAAUUCAAGGAGGCCUUCGCCGAUCCCAAUGCCAAACGGGCAGCCGCCAGAAAAAUUGCGGCUCUGUCCCAAUCCACCACUACCUCCGAGUAUGUCACGGAGUUCCGCAAUCUCAUGGCGGAACUAGACUGGAACGAGGAGGCCUAUAUUGCGCAGUUCACGCGGGGCCUCCACUGGAAGGUCAAAGAACUGCUGUCCACCAAAGAUAGCAUCCCUGACAAUCUUGAAGCCAUCUUUGCGGCAGCAAUUAAAAUUGACAACAUCCGCCGCGAAAAUGAGGAGAACCGCCCUAAAAAGGCACCAGCCAAGUCCCCGGCCACCGUGGCCACCUCCACUACCACCACAAGGGUCUGGUUAUCAGAGGACCCUAACUACGUCACCCCAGAGGAAAGGGACCGCCGCUGCGCAUCUGGGCUGUGCGUCAAAUGUGGGCAGAAGGGCCAUGGAAUCAAGCAGUGCCCCAACGGUUGGAAGGCCACUCCCAAGGAAACUGCCAAGGUGGCCCAGGACGAAUCGGAAAAAGAGUAA